CUCAGGACUCACCUUUAACUUAGACCUAUCCCAAACUGACUCUCACUGGGCCAUCAGAAUGAAGAAUGACAAAAAUUAUUUCUAAGCCGCUUGGAUUAUGAUCCUCAUUGAGAUAUGCUACUGAGAAAUUGGCAAAUGGUCACAUUUCAAUCGAGAGAUCAACUUAAUGAACUUCAUCGUAAAAAUAGUGGUAAUAGCUAUGAUGAAUCCAAUCUAUCCAUCUUUUUCUGAGAUUUAAUUCAAGAUAAUUCAGAACAAAACAAAUGGGUAGAAAACUCAGUAAAUAUUGCAAUAGAUCAGUCUCCAGCUUCGUCUAAAUCAAUAUUGGAAUCAACAAGGGCUACUAGAAAGGAUGUCUACAGAAGGAAAAUGCUCAGAGCCAUCAAGAAGUUCUUCUUAAUGUUGUUUAAGCAUCACAACAAUAAGUUGGUCAAUAAAAGAUUAUCGAAGGUAUCUUCAACACAGAUAUUGCAAGCACUAGAAGACUUGUCGGUGGUAUAUAUUACCAAAGAGCACCCUGGUGAUAUGGCCAAAUUUAUGCUGAAGUUCAUGAAUCUCAAUAGUAAAGAUAAUGUAAGAACCAACUGUGAAGCUACAGAAAUAGGAUGCAGGGUUUCUGAAUGCAUUCGAAGCUAUAGUGAUGAUAAAUUUGAAGCAUUAUAUUCAUCUGAAUAUUUUUGAAAAUUGAUAUCAUCAUUUCUAAACCUCAGAGCAGCGAGUAUAGAGUCUCUUUUGGAAAUGAAAUCAUCCCAAACAUGGAAGAAUCAAUCUACUCCUAAAAUUAACCAAUUCAUUGCUCUUAUCAACAAACAUCUGAAAGCCAACUUGGAGGAAAGAGUAGAAGCUAGACUUCAAGAAACUCAUGAAACAGCCAUUAAGUAUUCUCAAAAGUUUAACUCUUAUUUCUUAUCUAUCUGUUUUUUACUGGCUUCCUCACAACUUUGUAUGCUCCAAUUAUAUUUUUCUUGCCUUGUGCAGAAUAUGAAAUCAUGACUUCCAAUUAAGAAAGAUAUUCGGGGUGUAUCUUUCUAUAUAGCUACAUCUUGCUCAUCCUGCAACACUAGCUUCUGAAAUUUCUGGUGCUCGCAAACAGUAUUUUUUGUCUAGAAAUUUUUGAGUAUCCUAUUAAAAUUAACAAUUUACAGAAUCCACUAAAGUGUCCGAAAUUUUAUCAAAUCUCGGUGAAACCCAAACCUAAGUUUUUAAUUAUUAUUUAUCUAUUUGACAACUAUGUUUAAAGAAGUUAUACGAAUUCUCCUCGGGAUUUAACAUCAAGCCUUCUGUGUUAUAUUUAAACAGAUUCUGUGGGUAUGCAUUCCUAGGGAAGAGAAAAUAGAGUUUUAUAAUUCAAAUGUUGCUUAAAUACAGCUCAAAAUAUUGAUCCAGUAUCAUCGAUUGAACAAGUUAAGCGCUUCGGAUAAUAGUAGUGAAUUUUGAAUCAUUUAAAUCUGGAUUGCCUGAUUAGAUAUUAAUAUUUACCU